GCUGCAGCCUGGGACGGCCGUGCUUGCCACCGCCGCAGUGUGCGUGGCGCCUUCCGCUCCGCCGGCCAUCCUGCGGGGUGAAGGCCAUGGACGUCAACCAGCCCAAGCAGGAGCAUUUGCUGGCUCUGAAAGGUCCUGUUUUCCACUGAUCUAUGCAUCAAGGGGCAAGGAAAUUCUUGUAAAUAAGAUGUUUCAGUCUAGAUACAAGAAUCAAAGAGACUGUUUUCCUAAGAAUCACUGGAUUCCUUCUGUUCAAGCAUGGAAGUGGUCUUGCACUAUCGACCACAUCAGAGAGAUCUAACAAAACUGCAGAAAUUUGCAGAAGCAGCAGUGAAGGAGUUUCCCAUUCGCCAGUUACCAAGAUUUGCACCCUGGUUUCCAAAUGAUUUACACAGACUUCCCCUCAAACCAAUAAGGCAGGCACCUGUUAUUUCUUGUGAGGAAGUGGAAGAAUUGAAACAGCUUUCUACACCUUCAGAAUAUGUUACAGGAUCUCCUGAUUAUGACUGCACAAAAAGUCUCCUUGAGUUUCACUCUAGCAUGAAACAUGGUCCGACUUCAAUCAGAGCACAGGCUGUUCACAGAGCAAUUAACUUGGACUGUCAAGGAGAACCACCACCUAAUGGAAAACAGAAAUUGAAAAGGUCUUGGAGUGUCUCUCUCCCUAGAGCUAAACUCAGAGAGAAGAUUCAUCCUUUAUCUCAAGAACUGCAGAAUAGUUUGGAAAGACUAAAGCUGCAUGCAUUUUGUAGAGCCAAGUGGACAAUUGAACAGUCUCUUUGUAAAAACCAGAAUUUGGAGGACAUAUGGGUAAAAUUGAAUAGACUCAUUAAACAGAAUGAAUUGCCAUCUUGCAAUGCUACUAUCCAAAGAUCUGUGGGACAGAUAUGGAUUUUCUGUGAUAUAUUAUACUGUGAAUAUGUUAGAAAUAUUCUCAGGGAAAAGCUGAGCCUUACAGAUAAAAUGAAUUUACUUGUACAUAAAUAUGGAAUUAUAUUUAGUUUAUAACUUCAGAUGUAAUUUAAUAAUAACAUUACUGUCAGAAAUACUAAAGUUUUAAAACACUUUAGAAUGUAUAGACAUUAGAAUAACUGAUAAAUUAACAGUAAGAAUACUUAUGUUACUUUGCUAUGGUUUUCUAACUAUAAUGAUGUAUUUCUUUAACUUUGUUUUGCCUCAAGACUUAUAGUUCUGUUAAGAUUAGUAAGUUUCUCUUUGGCUUAGUACUUUGUUUUAUAGCUUUUCUCUACCUUGGUGGUCUGAAGUAAAAAUUCCAAACUAUUGUGGCAAGCUAUAUCAGAUAAUAAAAUUAAUGCUUUCAAUUAAACAAA